CCAAACCAACCAUAGGUCUGAGAACAGCCUGUGGACAGCAGCUAUGCAGCUGGCCCUGCUGUGCGCUGUGUGUCUGCUGCCCGGCGGCCUGGCUCUGCCGCUUCCCCUGGAGGCAGGAGGCAUGAGUGAGCCACAGUGGAAACAGGCUCAGGACUAUCUCGAGAGAUUUUAUCCAUAUGACUCAAAAACAAGGGAUGUCAAUAGUAUAGAAGCCAAACUCAAGGAGAUGCAAAAAUUCUUUCACCUGCCUAUAACUGGAAUGUUAAACUCCCGCAUCAUAGAAAUAAUGCAGAAGCCCAGAUGUGGAAUGCCAGAUGUUGCAGAAUACUCACUAUUCCCAAAUAGCCCAAAAUGGACUUCCAAAGUAGUCACCUACAGGAUCCUAUCAUAUACUCGAGACUUAUCACCUCUCAGAGUGAAUCAACUAGUGGCCAAGGCCUUCGAAAUGUGGAAAAAAGAGAUCCCCCUGCACUUCAAGAGAAUUCAUCGGGGAAUUGCUGACAUCAUGAUUGGCUUUGCAAGAGGAGCUCACGGGGACUCGUACCCAUUUGAUGGACCAGGAAACAUACUAGCUCAUGCCUUCGCACCUGGGCCAGGCCUAGGAGGAGAUACCCACUUUGAUGAGGACGAACGCUGGAGUGAUGGCAGCAGUAUCGGAAUUAACUUGCUAUAUGCUGCAACCCACGAACUUGGCCAUUCUUUGGGUCUGGGUCAUUCGUCUGAUCCCAAUGCUGUGAUGUAUCCAACCUAUGAAGAUAAAGACUCUGAGGAUUUCAAACUUUCACAGGAUGAUAUUGAAGGAAUUCAGAAGUUAUAUGGAGAGAGAGGUGAUUGAAGAAAGAAUUAGAAACUUCAGGGAGAACACACGUUCAGUCAUUGGAUUCUAUAUGAUUGUUCCCCAGUUAGAAUUAAUGAUCACUGUUCCUGCCUUCCUUUUAGCACUUAUUUCAUCUUUCCUCGAAUUGCAGUUGGUUUUUGCAUGUCUCUCCUCCCUGUGGGGAUAAGCUCUUUUAUGGCACAAUGUGUCUUACUCAUCCA